AUGAGAGUGACGGAAUGGCAAGGAUUAGUCAGGGUUUGGGUUUCAUUGGUGGCGCAGCGCCUCUUUAAAAAAUACGGGGCUUUUGGGAAGGCUUUGAGACCAAUCAGGGAGGAUUCAUGGAGAUUUCCAAGGGUUCCUAUAUGUCGGAUACUACACGGGCUAAUUGCUUGUGACCUCCCCAAGACCGAAUCUUGGAAGUUUUGGGAGCCUUGGGGGUUGAUCACAAAUGAAAAUCUUGUGAUGAACCAAGGAGGGGCCAGCCACAACCGGGAGAUCUGUGCCUGGCGUUUUCCCCCUCCUUUUUGUCCACGGUAUCCAAAGUCCAAUCCAACUUUGCGACCUUUGGAACCCAUUACUUUCGUUGUUCGCCUGCAUUAA